UGAGCCUUUCACUUCCCACCCAUCACCUUCUUUGUCAUUUCAUCACCACCACCACCACCAUCAUCAUCAUCUUCUUCUUCUUCUUCUUCAUUAUUGUUCUCAGGGCCGGCCAUGAUGGCAGCUGGUGGCGGAGAGCUGAUAAGGAAGUGGUUAGCGGUGGCGGCUGCGGCUGCAGUGGUGGUGCUGAUGAGCUGCGGUGGGGCUGAAGCGCAGCAGCAGCAGGUGCCUUGUUUCUUCAUUUUUGGGGAUUCCUUGGUGGAUAACGGCAACAAUAACGCCAUCUCGUCCUUGGCAAAGGCCAACUAUAUGCCCUAUGGCAUUGACUUCCCUCAAGGUCCCACAGGAAGGUUCUCCAAUGGAAAAACUACCGUUGAUGUCAUCGCUGAGUUACUGGGCUUCCAACGCUACAUUCCGCCCUACGCAACAGCGAGAGGCCGAGACAUACUCUGGGGAGUGAACUACGCAUCUGCAGCCGCCGGAAUCCGGGAAGAAACCGGCCGGCAACUGGGUGGCCGGAUUCCCUUCAGCGGGCAGGUGAAUAACUUCAGAAACACAGUCUCUCAAGUGGCGUCGCUACUCGGGAGCGAGGCUGCGGCUGCUGAUCAUCUCAAGAAGUGUAUCUACAGCGUGGGACUCGGCAGCAAUGACUACCUCAACAACUACUUCAUGCCUGCUUACUAUUCCAGCAGCCGGCAAUACACUCCGGAACAGUUCGCCGACAUUCUUAUCCGGCAAUAUGCUCAGCAGAUCAGGGCUUUGUACAACUACGGGGCAAGGAAAAUGGCCUUGAUUGGAGUGGGCCAGAUAGGCUGCAGCCCAAAUGAACUGGCCCAAUACAGCCGAGAUGGCAAAACUUGUGUCAAAAGAAUCAACGAUGCAAAUCAGCUGUUCAACAACAGACUCAAAUCUCUCGUGGAUGACUUGAACAAGAACUUACCUGGUGGUAAAUUCAUCUACAUCAAUGCUUAUGGGAUUUUCCAGGACUUACUAAACAAACCCGCUUCUUACGGCUUUAGAGUUACGAAUGCUGGGUGCUGCGGCGUAGGGCGGAACAAUGGCCAGAUUACCUGUCUCCCGCUCCAGACUCCAUGCCGGAACAGGAAGGACCACCUAUUUUGGGACGCAUUUCACCCCACCGAAGCUGCAAACACCAUCCUCGGGAGAAGAUCAUACAGUGCCCAGUCCCCCUCGGACGCACAUCCGUACGAUAUUCGCCGCCUCGCUCAGCUCUGAAGACAGCUAGAGAUGGCCUUAAUUUGCAGCCUGCCAUAAGUCAAAGAGGCUGUCAUUUUCAUUCUAGCUAGCUUGUUGUUCGCACCUCUUGCAAUAAUUGUUGUUGCCAUUAGUUGUCAUCCUAAGGCAUCCGUGAGAGUGUUCUGUUCUACAACUUGAAUGUCUAUUUCUAGCUUAGUUUCGGUGAAAGGUUGAAUUGCCUUCUAUUAAUAAAGAGCUUUGUAUGCCAGCUUUCAAUUGUAAAUAUUGGAUCGAACGUCA